CCAGACAAAUGGAAAACCUAUUUGACAGCGUGGAAAAGAGUCGAAGGUAACCUUAAAGUUAAUAACCCCUGGCCAUGGAACUUGGAUGCAAUAAACUUAUCUGGCAAUAAUGGAAACGAAUAUACAGUUAAAAAGGGAACAGUUUUUCUCAAAAACAAAUAUACGCAACUCACAGCAAGCCAGAAAAACAGAGACCCAGAAAUGGUUGAUGCUUAG